AUGCUGUCCGGUCAUGCCUCCGGUGAGGCGGUGAUAGCUGUGGUCUCGACAAUGACUGGGCUUGCUGUUGCGCUGGUUGCGCUGAGGUUGUAUGCGCGAAUCUGGGUGUCGAAGAAUGCUGGGUGGGAUGAUACGUUCAUUGUCACAUCGGCGCUGUUCUCAGUAGCGACAAUGGUCACGAUGAUCGUGCAAGUAGAUACUGGCCUUGGGAGACAUGUCUGGACCAUGGACAAACACGAAGCCAUGCUGAACUUGCGGGCAUUCUGGGCCUCAAUCAUCGUCUACAACGUCGCCCUCACCAGCACCAAACUCUCCAUCCUACUACAAUACCUCCGAAUCUUCCCCAUGAAACCCUUCAGGAUCGCCACCUGGAUCAUGAUCGGCAUAGUAAUCGCAUACUUCAUCUGGCGCUUCUUCACGCAAAUUUUCGCCUGCGUCCCACCAGCCGCAUACUGGGACCACUCCAUCAAACCAAGACACUGCAUAAACCGCACAGCAACCUCCUUCGCCAGCACGGCUCUUAACAUGGUAACGGACCUCAUCAUCGCGGCCUUUCCUCUCCCUAUGCUCCGCCAACUCGAACUCCCUACCCGUCAGCGUAGAGCCCUCAUGGCCGUCUUCGCCCUCGGCGGUUUCGUCUGCAUCAUCUCAAUCCUCCGCCUCCCAUUCCUCUAUGCGGGUAUUCACACGGAUGACGUUAGCUACCACAACCCCAUGGCCGCCAUCCUCUCCAACAUCGAAUGCAACAUCGGAAUCCUCUGCUCCUGCAUCCCAACCCUGCGCUGUCUGUUUCCGAAAAUGUUCAACAAUGCCUCCUCCUCCUCCUACAUGUUCUCAUCCUCGCAGUCCUCGUCAGGCCUGCACUCGAGGAAAGCACACUACGCUUUCGGGACGGACUCGUUCGGGACGAGAAGGGGGCCUAUUAGUUCUCACGCCACGGGUCCGGGAAUCUCUUCGUCGAGGAAGGGGAAUGGUCAUUUUAGGGGCCUUUCGGGAAGGGAUCCGGCGUUGCUGGAUGGGGCGGAUAGUAUUGAUCAGAUUGAGUUGGAGAGUAGGUUGGAUCCGGGGAGUGAGGCGAUUCAUGUUAGGACGGAGAUUGAUCAGACUAGUGUGGGGCUUGAGGUGCUGAGUGAUCGGGAGAGUUGGGGGGAUUUGGGGAGGGAGAGGAGUUUGAGUCAUUUUUGA